AUGUUCCCAGCAAAUAAGCCUUUGCCACCGCCACCUCUACCUGAAAAAUCAUUCUGGAAGAACAAGAGUAAUACAAAUGAAGCUUCAGCGCCAGCAACAGCAAGUCAUCUUCAAUCGCCGUCAGCCACAGUAAUGCAUUCUCUGCCAUCAACAAGUUAUUCGCCAACAGUAGCUGAUUACGUGUAUCGACGUGUAUUACGUCAAGCGGUUGCUGCUAUCUGUAAACAGGCCGGUUUCGAAACGAUUGAAGCUGAUGUUCUCGAAUUACUCACCCAUAUGAUUAAUUCAUAUAUCAAUGAACUGGCCGUUACCACACGUCAAAUGACCGAACAUGCUGGUCGUACUAUUUCAACACCAUCAGAUACAAUUAUGGCAUUAGUAGAUUUAGGUACUGCAGUUUCUAGCUUGCCAGCAUUUCUGAAAGAAGCAACCUCUAAAGGUUCUUUGGUGAUAGCACCACCACGUGUACAGCAAGCAUCGCAUCCCCAGCAGCAACUUCGUGUCGGUAGCUCACGUCCACGUCCACCGCAUAUUCCGGAUUGGUUACCUCCUUUUCCUGAUCCACAUACUUAUGUACGUACUGAUAUAUCUGGGGAGCCAGAACCUUCAUACGAAAAAGCACGUGAAGGCUUGGCUUUGUUGUAUCGAAAUACCGUUACGUCACUGAAAGAUUUCGUUCUACGUACCCAUCCGUCUAUUUCUCUCUUCGAUCUUCAUAAACAGCGUAUUCUAAAAAAGAUUGCUGCUGCUGCUGCAGAACGUAUCCGUCGACAGCAAGCUCAAAUGAUGGCAUCCGUGGAAGAAGAUGAAAAAAAAACAAUGACGAAUGGAGCAGCAACAAUAACACAUGAUGCUGAGCAAUUAAAAACUACGGAUCCGGAAUUUCCUGUUGAUAUUUCCGAAAAAUUUUUCUUUGAGGAAGACAGCGAAGAAGAAAUAGGUCUGCUGCAAGCUGAAGUGCCGACUUUUGGAGAAAUUAUUGAACCAAAAGCAACAAAUGAGUCAUACUUAGAUCCUCUUUUAUUUGAUUUGCAAAAUGAAUUAGUAACUGGGAUAAGAACCAAGUUACAAGAAGAUACUGGAUUAGAUGGGAAUCCGUUCUUGCGUUCACCGAAAAUGCCCUCGAUACAUGACGAUGAUCCGAUGCAUGAGUGA